AUGUCUGCUGUCCAGCACCUUCGACUAAUCGAGCCUCAAUCAGAACGAUCCAAGGACACGCUUGUGCAGCCCUGCGAUGUCGAAAUCGGCUCCCAGAGUCUCAAACAUGGCGACUCCUCUCCCGAGGUACUGCAGGAGAACGAGCAUGUCAUACCGGACGGGGGAUGGAAAGCCUGGUGCACUGUUGCCGGGGCGUUCCUAAUCCUCAUGUGUUCCUCUGGAUAUGCAAAUAGUUAUGGAGUCUUCCAGGCCGCGUAUGUCGAAGAGUUACUCCCCAACCACUCAGCCUCAGAGAUUGCGUGGAUCGGCACAGUCCAGGAUUUCCUCUUCUUCAGCAUGGGAAUUCCCGCGGGAAUACUAUUCGACGCGCGCAAAUUCCGUUCGCUGACUGUCUCCGGGAGCGUGCUACUAGUUGGCUGUUGUUUCGCACAGAGUGCCGCCAAGCCGGGACAAUACUACCAGUUCUUCCUCUCGCAAGGAGUAGGACAGGGUAUCGGACUCGGCCUCAUGUAUCUUCCUGCUGUUGCUGUGGUGUCGCAGUAUUUCCUCAAAUGGCGUGCGCUGGUAACUGGGGUGUUGUACAUGGGUUCCGGUCUGGGCGGUGUCAUCUUCCCCAUCCUGAUCAACAAGGUCUUGCAAUCACACGGCUUUACAACCUCCGUGCGAGCAACAGGGUACCUCCUCCUCGGCGGACUAGUGCUUGCCAACCUACUUAUUCGCCCGAACUACAACCCGUCACACAAUUCCCUCCCACCUCCGAAACUGAAGACACUGCUCACGGACUUGCCGUAUCUCAUCGGCACACUGAGUGCGUUCUUUACCGGGUUUGGAAUAUUCUUCCCAUUCUUCUACAUUCAGCUGUAUUCUAUCACCAUCGGUCUAGACCAGAACAUCAGCUUCUACACACUCACAAUAAUGAAUGGGGCAUCUAUUUUUGGCCGAUUCAUACCCACCAUUUUUGCAGACCGAUUCGGACCGAUUACUUGCCAAAUCCCAAGCACGAUCAUCAGCACUGUCCUCGUCUUCGUCCUCUUGUCUAUCAAGACCCAGCCCGGGAUAAUCGCCUUUUGUGUCCUGUACGGGUUCUUUUCCGGGGCGGGGAAAGUGGUCAGCUUGUUCCCGCCCAUGAUCGCUCUUAUGGCUAAUAGCAUGGCCGAAGUGGGGGUACGCAUGGGCCUGUCGUUCUUCGUCUACUCUCUGGCGGUCCUCACUGGCAGCCCGAUAGUAGGCGCUCUGAUCGGCUACGGGCCCUUCACAUGGUGGAAAGGGAUUGUUUUCGCCGGUGUGUGCUUCGGAGCUGGGUCCGGGUUGAUGCUCGUAACGAGGUCAAUGUUGCAGAGGAAAAAAGGGGUGAAAUGGAUCUAG